AUGGAAUCUUUGUCCCCGCUCGUUUCUUCCCGGAAAUGGGGAACCGUCUUGAAGAAAGACCAACAGUUUAAUGUGUUUGGAUUUGCGCAAUGUUACAAGGAUGUGACUCCGCUCGAUUGUGAACGGUGUUUCAAAUCAUCCGGGGAACAACUCAAACGCUGCAUUCCUGCCAGGUCUGCUCGGAUCCAUCUCGAUCAAUGCUUUCAUCGUUUCGAUCAUUAUCAGUUUUACGAUGAAGGGGUCGAUCCGAACUACGAUUACGUCAAAUGCGGCUCGCCUAUGGGCGAUUUCAACGACACGUACAUGCGCGAGGAUUUUCAAAGCAAAUUGGAUCAUGUGAUUACCGAAGUGAAAGAGGAGGCCAUGGGAAAGAGUAGGUUCGGGGUAACGGAGGCGAAAGGCGGGGUGGUUACCGUUUAUGCAUUGGCACAGUGUUGGAAAACGAUCAAUCGCAGUGCUUGUAAACAGUGCUUGACCGAUGCUGGGAUGCGGCUGAGGAAGUGUGGCCCCGGAGCAGAAGGCAGGGCUUUGUACACAGGGUGUUACAUGAGGUAUUCAACCAAUAGAUUCUUUAAUAAUGAUUCGAAGACAGAGGACGAAAAGGGGUUUAUAAAUUGGGUCACGUUUGGAAUGGCUUUAUCUGGGAUUUCAUUCCUUGUUCUUUCUGUCAUUGUUGCUUUAGUAAGCUACAAGAAAUUAUCCAAAACGAAACAAGGGGUAAUCGACCUAGAGGAUGUUCCGCACCCCGGAAACAAGACAAGUCUAAAUUUCAAGUAUGAAAUGCUUGAAAGAGCGACCGAUUUUUUCGACGAAUCGAGGAAAUUAGGCCAAGGAGGAGCAGGCUCGGUUUUCAAAGGAAUUCUACCUAAUUCUGAAGCUGUUGCAGUCAAGAGAUUGUUCUUCAAUACACGGCAGUGGGUGGAUCAGUUCUUCAAUGAAGUGACUUUGAUCAGUGGCAUUCAACACAAGAACCUUGUAAGGCUUUUGGGAUGCAGCAUCGAAGGACCAGAGAGUCUUCUGGUUUACGAAUAUGUGCCGAAUUUGAGCUUAGAUAAAAUCCUUUUCGCAAAGAACAACACAAAAAUUCUAAACUGGUCACAGAGGUUCAACAUCAUAUGUGGUGUAGCAGAAGGUCUGGCAUAUCUUCAUGGAGGUUCUCAAGUGAAAAUCCUUCACAGAGACAUAAAAGUCAGCAACAUUCUCCUCGAUGAGAAUCUCUGUCCAAAGAUUGCUGAUUUUGGACUCGCUCGUUGCGUUGCUUCGGAUAAAUCCCAUGUCAGUACCGCAAUUGCAGGGACACUAGGAUACAUGGCACCGGAAUACCUCGUACGAGGACAACUAACAGAUAAGGCAGACGUCUACGCUUUCGGGGUGCUAGUUAUCGAGAUUUCAACCGGUCAGAAAAACAGUAUCUUCUCGGAGGGUUCGAGUUCAGUUUUGUACAGGGUCUGGAAGCAAUACAAGGCAAGUAACAUCACAGAAGCUAUCGACUCCAACUUAGACGCCAAGUUCGACGAGAAGGAAGCGUCAACCGCACUUCUAGUUGGGCUGUUGUGCACCCAACCUUCGGUCGCAAUACGACCGUCGAUGUCGGACGUUGUUCAAAUGCUAACGAAUGCGAAUUAUAGACUUCCUCGACCAAAACAGCCUCCGUUCUUAAAUGCUAGUGUGAUAAGUCCUGAACUAACUUUGAGCGGUUCUUUUAGAAUGGCGUCUUCAGCUUUAGAUGAGCCUAAUACAGGUUCAGAGUCGUAGGGCUAGAAAUUUGACAAUCUCUGUUUCCCAACUGCAAAUAACACAUUGUU